AUGGGAAGACGACUCACGGAGUUCCUCACACCAUCCUCUUCCAGCAAGUUCCGACUAAGCCUAGUGGCCGCUCUCGCCGUCGCAUCCCUUCUCCUCGCCGCCGCGCUCCUCCACCCGGAAAGCCCAUUUUUCUCCCUUCCCUUGAGACUAGCUUUAUCCUCCCGGCGGCCCAGAAUCUACGAUCCAACCUGCGACAGCCGCGCCGUCCACCGCAGCUACUCCGCCAACAAUUACCACAGAACCCCUUCCCCGCAGCCGUCUCCUUACCUCCUUGCCAAGCUCCGCGACUACGAGAGCCUCCACCGCCGCUGCGGCCCGUUGUCGGAAUCAAUCGACCCGACCCUAAACCCUCGUGAAUUCCGCACCGACGACUGCAAAUUCGUCGUCUACUCGCCUUCCCAGGGGCUGGGGAACCGAAUCCUCGGCCUUUCAUCAACCUUCCUCUACGCUCUGCUCACGAAUCGGGUCCUCCUCGUCGAUUUCGGACCCGACAUGGAGGAUCUCUUCUGCGAGCCGUUUCCCAACUCCACCUGGUACCUGCCCGAAACUUUUCCUUUCCUAUUUCAGUUACAGACCCACAGAUUCAGAGCAAGUUACAGCUACGGGAACUUGCUGAAGAAGAAGGAAGAGGAGCAGAACAAAGGGGGGAAAAUUGACCAGGACGGCGAUUCUUCAUCAUCGCCGGCUCUCCUGCAAAUCUUCCUCCAGGACAAGUACAACGAGUACGACAAGCUGUUCUUCAAGGACGAGAAUCAAGGGUUCGUCGAGCGAGUUCCGUGGCUGGUUCUUAUCCACGAUGGGUACUUCAUCCCCUGCCUUUUCCAGAUGCAGUCGUUCAGGUCCGAAUUGGAGAAAUUGUUCCCUGAUCAAGAAACCGUCUUCCACCAUUUGGUGAAAUACCUCUUCAGCCCAUCCAACCAAGCUUGGGGGCACAUCACCGGAUUCUACGAAGCUUACCUAGCCAAAGCAGAGCAGCGAAUUGGGUUCCAGAUUCGAGUCUUCGAGCCGAAGCAAACCCCAUUCACAGCCGUCAUGAAACAGAUCACAUCCUGCACUCAGAAACACAGAUUAAUCCUGCCGCAAUCCGACGAGGUGACACUCCGAAACGGGACAUCGAAGUCGAUCCUCGUAGCAUCGCUGUCGCGAAAGUACUACGAGGAGAUCGACUGGAUGUACGGGAGGAGAAGAAGGCAGGCCACGGGGAUCGCGGUUUAUCAGGCUAGCCACGAAGGGAAGCAGCAUUCUGGGGAUAACUCGCACAACAUGAAGGCGUGGAUGGAUAUAUAUCUGUUGAGCACGAGCGAUGUGCUGGUGACGAGCAGUAUGUCGACUUUUGGGUAUGUGGCUGCAGGGAUUGCAGGGGUGAAGCCAUGGAUUGUGAUGAUUCCUGAUCCGUACCAUCCCCGGGGUGCUGAUGAAUCGGCUUGUGAGAGGGCGAUCAAUCUGGAGCCGUGUUUCCAUUUCCCGCCGUGGUUUGCUUAUCCCGAUCCGCCGGGGACGGGUGGUCCGGUGGGGAGGUGUGAGGAUGUGUCGUGGGGGCUGAAGCUCGUCGGCGGUCACAAAACAAGGAGGUAG